UUAGAGACAUGUCUUUAAUUAACUAUCUACUAGUCGGCGUACUUUUCUGCGGCGUUUUUGCCGCAGAACUGAAAACCUUUAAGGACUCAGAAGUUGAUUCUGGCGACGCAUCCGGUCGAGUCGUGGGUGGUUCAGAUGCGCCAGACGGUGCCCUUCCCUACCAAAUAUCUCUGCAGCUAACGAAGCGCGACUUCGCUCAUAACUGUGGCGGUGCCAUAAUUGCUGACAGAUGGGUCCUCACUGCUGCGCAUUGUCUGACUAAUAAAUCUCCAAGUGACAUGGUCAUUUUGGCGGGAUCCAACUCAAUUACUCAGGGAGGCACUAGAUAUAAAAUUGACAAAAUCAUAAACCAUGAAAAAUACACCUCCACACCCAUGAAGAAUGAUAUUGGUCUAUUAAGAACUGCUGAGAAGAUUAAAUUUACAGACAAAGUUAAACCUAUCGAAAUAGCAACCGAGGACCCCGAACCAGGAGAAAAGUGUAAAUUAUCUGGAUGGGGAUACACUACCCAAAACAGGCAGAACCUUCCUGAUAAAUUACAAAUGUUGGACGUAAAAGUUAUUUCGGAAAAAGCAUGUAAAUAUAAUUUUGAUUUGCGACAAUUUGAAAAGACUCACCCCAUUACUCCUGACCACAUCUGCACUUUUAAUAAGGUCAAAGAAGGUGCUUGUCAAGGUGAUUCUGGUGGAUCAUUAGUGUGCAACAAUAAAUCCUGUGGUGUUUUCUCCUGGAUCAUUCCGUGUGCUAAAGGCCAACCUGAUGUCUAUACGAGGACCAGCAAAUAUGCCACUUGGAUUAAGAAAACCAUGGAAGCCAAUAAGCCUUAACUAUCCCAUUGCUGAUGGCAGUGGAGACCUUACAUUGAAUACUUGGGUUUUCUUGAAUUAAUAAAAUAAACAAAGUCCCUAUGGUUACGUUUCUUUUUAUUCCUUACACAUAGCGGUUCGUUUGAAGAAAGCGAAAACCUUCGAUCGGGUGUGGCAACGCUUCUCUCGAAGCCUCGAG